GAGGCGCAGGAGGAGAAGAGAGUGGAAUCCUCAGUGUGCUGAACCACACUCUCUCCUUCAACCCUCUGGAGCCACAACUAGACACCACCAACAUGACAGCAGGACUUGAGGAGUUGUGUGACAGAGGGGGAGAUCUGAGGGGAUGGGUGUCAGAGGAGGAUGAGGGAGAAAGACUGAGAGCUGGAAGUGGAGAGAGGCAACAGUGGGCGGAGAGGGGUUCCAGCCUCAACUCUGACCCCAGACCUAACUCUGACCCCAGCCCCAGCCCUAACUUUGACCCCGAAAGGAGGAGUGAACUACAGUACUAUGUCUCCAUGUUAUUAGAUCGUUCUCCAGGAGAGCCCGUGGAGAGUCCAGCUCAGGACAACACAGGUCUGGGGUCGUCGUGGGACAGUGUGAAGUCUCAGCCUCACGCCCCUCUGGACACCCCCUCCUCCCCUGGAGACAAAACCAGACACCCCACACACACUCCAGCUAACACAGGUCUGGUGUCAGCCCAGCUCAGGUCUCUCCUGGCGCAGUUCCCAUCCCAGCCUGACAGGGAAGCGCUCUCUCUGCAGUUGCUGUCUAUGCUGACCCAUGGGUCUGAUGGUGAGUGUGAAGAGAAGCCGAGCCGCCUGAAGAAGAUAGACCCACUCCUCCGGAACUCUGGGGUGUCCCGGGUAGCUAGUCAGGGGUCUGGGGUGAGGGUCAGGUGCCGGGUAUGA